GCUGCCAGCCGCUGCUCCGGCGGGGGUUGUCCGGGAUGCCGCUCGGCCGCCGCCCGCCCGGAGCUUGAGCCCGUCCGCCUGCCGCCCGAUGGGAAGGCCGGAGUGCUCUACAGUCUCCAGUGAAUACUGAGUAGCUGAGGAAUUGGGAGCAGACCACUGGCAUUUCCAUUCCAUGGAUCCCUUGGGCGCACCUUCCCAGUUUGUGGAUGUGGACACACUACCACGUUGGGGACACUCACAUGAAGAUGAACUAAAUUCUUCUGAUGCUGAUGCUGAAAGAUUACAGCAAGACGUUAUUAGAUCACCUUUCCCUUAUAAUAAGGCUAUCAAUAGAAAAGUCAUUCUUUGGAAAGGGGAUGUGGCAAUACUAAACUGUACAGCCAUUGUGAAUACCAGCAAUGAGAGCCUCACAGAUAAGAAUCCAGUGUCAGAAAGUAUCUUCAUGCUUGCAGGGCCUGAUUUGCAGGAGGACCUCCAGAAACUCAAAGGUUGCCGGACAGGUGAAGCCAAGUUGACCAAAGGAUUUAAUCUAGCUGCCCGGUUCAUCAUUCACACAGUGGGACCUAAGUACAAGAGCCGCUACCGCACAGCCGCGGAGAGUUCCCUCUACAGCUGCUACCGAAACAUACUUCAGUUGGCAAAAGAACAGUCGAUGUCUUCUGUUGGGUUUUGUGUCAUUAACUCUGCGAAGCGAGGGUACCCUUUAGACGAUGCCACACACAUCGCACUUCGCACUGUCAGGAGAUUUCUAGAGAUUCAUGGGGAGACCAUUGAAAAAGUAGUAUUUGCUGUCUCUGAACUUGAAGAGGCUACCUACCAAAGGCUGCUACCUCUGUAUUUCCCAAGGUCGUUGGAGGAGGAGAGCCAGUCAUUGCCAUACCUUCCUGCGGAUAUUGGAAAUUCAGAAGGGGAGCCUGUAGUACCUGAACGGCAGAUUAGGAUAAGUGAAAAGCCUGGUGCCCCCGAGGAUGACCAGGAAGAAGAGGAAGGCUUGGGAGUUGACCUCUCUUUCAUUGGCUCUCAUGCAUUUGCUCGAAUGGAAGGAGAUAUUGAUAAGCAAAGAAGAUUGAUCCUCCAGGGACAGUUAUCAGAGGCAGCCCUACAGAAGCAGCAUCAAAGAAAUUAUAAUCGUUGGUUAUGCCAAGCAAGAUCUGAGGAUCUGUCUGAUAUUGCUUCUCUAAAAGCUUUAUACCAAACAGGUGUUGAUAACUGUGGCCGCACUGUGAUGGUGGUAGUUGGAAGAAACAUCCCUGUAACAUUAAUAGAUAUGGACAAGGCUCUCCUGUAUUUCAUCCAUGUAAUGGAUCACAUCGCUGUGAAGGAAUAUGUAUUAGUGUAUUUUCACACACUGACCAGCGAGUACAAUCACCUCGACUCCGAUUUCCUGAAGAAACUCUAUGAUGUUGUGGAUGUCAAGUACAAAAGGAAUUUAAAGGCUGUAUAUUUUGUUCAUCCAACAUUUCGUUCAAAGGUGUCAACAUGGUUUUUUACCACCUUUUCUGUCUCAGGACUGAAGGACAAAGUCCACCAUGUGGAUAGCCUCCACCAGCUAUUUUCUGCCAUAUCUCCAGAACAGGUCGACUUUCCUCCUUUCGUCCUUGAAUACGAUGCUCGGGAAAAUGGGCCAUACUAUACAUCGGAUCCCCCGUCACCAGAUUUCUGACCUGCCGUCCUCAGUGCUGCUGGUUGCCAAGAAUGCCACUUUCUCCACGACUCGCUACCUACUGAAGUGAUGUUCACUUUUGCUGUACAGAUCCAGAGAGUCUUUUUUCCCCCUGCCUCUCUGGUAUUUUUUUAUUGACUGUAUAUUUUCUGGCACAUAAGCAAUCUCAAAAUGGUAGACCACUCAGAACUGCACAAUUAUUUUAAAUUUGUAUAUUUGUACCAAAUGGAAAUGUUCAUUUUUAGAGCGUUAACGGAAAUCGGGGAGCAACUUUGAGUGUCUUCCAUUUCCUGAGAAGACACUGUAUUCUCCAUUAGACCAGCCACCGGUAUCCUUCGUGUCAGCUCCUUCAUGUUGCACGCUGCUUUUGUGGACUGAAGUUUUUCCUCAAAAUCUAUCGAACCAUGUGUGCUGGCCAGGUGCACUGUGUGUUUCAGAGUCUGGCUUUAAGACCGCUUACACUUAUACACAUAACUUGGUUGUGGUAAAAGAGGAUUGUCCUGGGACCAAGAAUGUGAAAAUGUAUUUGACUGAUCAAAACAAGCAAACAAAAGUUAACAAAUACAUGACUUGGAAUUUUGCUGCUCCCGC